AUGAAUAAUGAAGAUGUUGAAAUUUUAAAAAAUAGUCCGUCAAUAGAUCAAUUAAAAGAAGUGCUAGAUAAGAAUGAGGUGUCAUUUCCAGUGGUUACUGCUUUGUUAAAUUUUACAAUACCUCAGAUUUAUCAAUCAUUACCAAAUGACUUAAAACAACAAAUAAAACUUAAAUUUCAAUCACUAAUAGGGUUUGGAAAUUUAUUAAGUAAAGUAUCUACUUUGAAGAAUACGUCUAGUAAAGAAGAACUCAAACUCUUUGUUGAUAUACUACAAGAUGUUGUUGAUGACGAAUUAAUACCAAAUUUGUUAGCAUCCAAAAAGCAAAUAGAGACAAGAGAAAUUGAUAAAUUGAUAUUUAAAGGUCAACUACUAGCAAUUGUUAAUGAAGUACAAGUCUCAAAUCAAAUGGAAAUUGAGAAUCCUAAUUUAAAAUCAACAGAAGCAUAUAUCACUUAUCUUGUGAAUUCUGUAUUGCGGUUGUAUAAAGUAUCAAAUGUCCCAGAAAUUUUCAUUCAUUCAAUUUUGGGUUUUAGUAAACAUUCAUUUGUACUAUUUUUUAGGAACUUCUUCCAACCUCAAAACUGGCAAUACUUUUUAAACACAUUAAAUCAGCUUAAAUCGUUUCAAAAGAAGGAGAUUAUCAAAAAGUUUUAUACAAUUUAUAUCACAACAAUUGUUAAUGAAGGCAGCAUUAUUCCGCUUUACAAUAUCCUUAGAUUCUCAUAUGUAUAUAUUGAUAAUAACCUAUGUGAAAUUGGUGUUCAAUCAUCAAAUAGAAAUGUUUUACAACUAAUAUCAUUAAUAUUGACAAAUUCUUCAAAUACAGAGCCACUAAUACUUAAUCAAAUAGAAAAGUGGGCUGAUCCAGUAUAUAUUAAAACAGAACCGAUAACAAUCCAAGAAUUAAGAACUUUGUUUAUUGCACAAUUAUUGUCUUAUCAAAGAGGAUCAGACUUUGUCCUUGGGUUAACUAGGAAUAAAGUUUGUUUAGAAGCUAUUAGUAAUAGAUUACAAUCUUUUUCAAAUAACGUUAAAUCCUUGGGUGUGAUAUUAGCUGAUUAUAUUUGUGAAUUAAACGGUGAAGAGAAAAUUUUCAAAUCAACUAAAAUUGGUGAUGAUUUUAAUGUGAUUGUUGAACCACAACAGGUUGAGAGAAUGUCUGAAGAAGAAGCAUGGAGUUUGUUGAAUUCACCGAAACUUGAAGAAUCAAAACCAAAAGAGCUAGUUGUUCAAAAUAUAAUACAAGAAGAUUCAGACUCAGAUGAUGAUGAUUUAGUGCCAUCAAAAGUUAAAAUUCCUGAUCCAAUUUAUAUAAAAGAUUUACUAGAUUAUUUAACGGUUGAUACAAAAAAUCAACAAGCUCUUGAAAUGAGAAGAUCAGCUUUAGUUAAGGGGCCAACAUUAUUAAGACAAAAGUUUAGACAAGGUAAUGAAGUACAAUUUUAUUCAGAAGAAUUAAUUACAAAUUUAAUUGCGUUGGAUAAUUUUUUUAAUGAAGAAGAUUUUGAAGAAUUGAAAUUAUUGAAUUUAGUGGCUGUCAUUGUAACAAAUCCAAAUGUUACUUUUUAUUUAUUUCAAUUACUAUUGACUGGUGAUUAUUCAUUACAACAAAGAAUGGUAAUACUUUCUGCAACGUCAUUAGCAGUUAGGGAACUUCGGGGGUUGAAAGAUGAAAAAAUUGUCAAUUCAUACACCACAAAGGACUUUGCAACUAAGAAAUUACCAUCAAAUUUACAUAACAAGUAUAUGCAACUAGAAGGAAACUACGUAAAUCAAAUUGAAAACAAAUUACAAGAUUCUUUGAUGCAACAAGCUUCCGAAAGAGCUCAGGAUGAGAUUUUGGGGAAAGGUAAAUUAGUUAGGAUAUCAAAAUCAUUACAGAAAGCCAAUGAACCACAAACAAAACCAUUGGUAUCUAAUUUUUUCAAGUUGGUGGGUUCAAACUUUUAUUUUCCUUUAUUGAAUGUAUGGUAUGAAUCUGAGACUGUUGAUAUUGGUCAUUACUCCACGAUAUUUAUUGCUCACUACUUGAAAACACUAACCUUAAUUUUACAUGUUGCUUAUCCAUCAUCUACUCAGCUAAAUGAUAUGAUAAAAGAAUACCUUUUGUUAAGCUGCUCAAUUAUCACUAAGGUGACUACAGAAGAAAUUCAAGUUGUGGAAAGUCUAAUUACGGGAAUUUUGUUGAUUUUUGACAUACUGGAUGUAGAAUACUUGGUCCUUAAUUACAACAAUGAAAUCCUACUAUUUUCAAAUUGGUUAAGUUCAUCGUGGGAGUCAAUUAUUGAUCAAAAAGUUAAUAGUCUAGCAGCUGGUCUAUUGUUGAAAUUACAAGAUACUACAACAAAAUUUGAAAGAACUUUGAUUGAUCAAAAUCAAGGUCUUUAUUAG